AGAAUGUACAACAAUCCCAUCAUCCCCGGCUUCAACCCGGAUCCCUCCAUCAUCCGUGUCCACUCCGACUUCUUCCUCGUCUCCUCCUCCUUUGAAUACUUCGCCGCUGCUCCCAUCUACCACAGUACAGACCUCAUCCAGUGGUCCCUCAUCGGUCAUGCCCUCACUCGAUCCAGCCAGAUCCAAAUCCACACUCCGGAACCAGGCGGUGGUGUUUGGGCUACCACCAUCAGAUACCACCAGGGCGUCUUCUACGUGAUUGCCGCCAGCUUCGAGAGAUAUCGGCCUCAGGACGAUGAUCGUGUCUGGCCGCGGGGUUUUUACGUACAGACAGAAAAUAUCUGGGACUCAACUUCGUGGUCAGAUCCGGUGUUUUUUGACCAAGUUGGGUUUGAUCAGGAUCUGUUCUGGGAUGACGAUGGCACUGUCCAUCUCUCGUCCACCCAUCGUAAGCUCAAUCGCACUGCUGGCAGUCAUCUAAAAGAUUUCGCCAUUCAUAUCUGCACCAUCGAUUUGGAAACUGGGGAUUCGACUUCAGAACCUCGACUUAUCCGGGAAUCUGCCUCUGGAGUAGCAGAGGGCUCGCAUAUCCUCAAACGAGGAAAGUAUUAUUAUCUCUUCACCGCUGAAGGAGGCACCGAGAGUGGCCAUUCCGAAUGGGUCAGUCGUAGUGAGGCCGGCCCAUUUGGCCCAUGGGAACUAGGUCCUCAUAAUCCCCUCUGGCGGAAUGGGACAGAUGACGAGGUGCAGAAUACCGGCCAUGCAGACCUGGUGGAGGACGCUGAUGGCCGAUGGUGGGCUGUUCUCCUUGGAGUCCGACCGACCAGAAAAGAAGGAUACUGGGAAGAGUCUGUCCUGGGCCGUGAAACGUUUCUCGUGCCUGUCGAGUGGGAGAAUGACUGGCCUGUGUUUAAUGGUGGACAGAAGAUUGGUCUGCAGUCUACAGGACCAGAGUUGUAUCCAUUCCAACUGCCUGUGUUCUGGCGAGAUGAUUUCUCAAGUCCGGAUCUGCAGCUGGGAUGGUAUAGAAAGAAUACACCCGUCAAGGUGGAUUAUUCGCUCUCAGAACGUCCCAAUUAUCUGCGUUUAUAUGGCGGUCCAUACAAUCUGUCUACCCCAACCUGUCCAACUCUGUUUCUGCGAAAACAAACCCAUCGCUCAUGCAUCUGGGAAACACGACUCUCCUUCCAUCCUACAUCGGACAAGACUGAAGCAGGGACAGUGGUGUGGUGGAAUUACUUCACGUAUAGCAGUAUUGGGAUCCGUCUUUUUUCGGGGAAACGCAUCAUUCGCUUUCGAUCGGCAGAGGGGAAUGUGGUCGAACAUGAAUUAAACACACAGUCUGAUGUUAUCUUCUUCAUCGAAUGUGGAGAGAAUUAUCGAUUUGGAUUCAAAGAGGCUUCGAAUGAGACACAGUGGGUUGGACAGGUCAGUAACAGAACGAUGACGAAGGCACCACCGGUCGGAGCACCGUUCACAGGUAUGAUGCUGGGACUGUAUGCGUUUGGAGAGCUGCAGAGGUGUUUGGUACCGGCAGAUUUUGAGCAUGCAGAGUUUCAUUCGUAGUCAAGGAAUUGUCUAUAGAUUAUAAUGCUUGACCUUGACUUUGACGUUAUUCAGACCAGGCACAGUCUGCCCAUUAAAGCAAUCCCGCACAAUCUCUACAUUCCUGUCUGUUGUUUCGAAUAAAGCGAGCUCGAAUCGACGGAGAAUCGUUGCCAGUGCCAAAUUCAGCCACGAAUAUGUCAUUCUAGACGGUUAGUAUGAUUACAUCCAUAAGGUGAAAUACUUACGUUGGCCCUAAACAUCCCAGACUCCCUUUGGAAAACGGCACCAGAUACUUUCCUAGUCUUCGUACUUCUUCUGGCGAUCCCAUCCAUCGUUCAGGCAGGAAUUGCAUAGGUUCGUGGUAUAUGUUGGGAUCUCGCAAGAUGAAGUGGUUCGACAUGCCAACGGGGGU